UCCCGGAGGACUGAGCCCACCCGGUGCCGGUACCAGCGCCCACCCCAGCACCCCGCCGCACCAUGCGCCCCGCGGCGCUGCCGCUGGCUCUGUGCGCCCUGGGUGUCAUCGCAGGGCAGCUGGGAGCUUCCUUCGAGUUGUUGGUCGAGCCGGAGGUGCUGGUGGUGGAACACGGCGGAUCGGUCCGGUUGAAGUUGAAGACGACGUGCCAGGAUCCCGAAGCAACCGGCAACGUAGAGACGUCAAUUCGGAAGCAGUUGGUGACAACGGGGCCAGGGGAGACGGUGGUGGAGCUGCUCAACGUCACCGUGUGGAAAUCCAGCAUCCUCUGCUACUACGUUUGCAACCAGACGAGGCUGACGGUGCCCGUCAACCUCACCGCCUACCGUAAGGCACCAUGGGGAGAGGGGGUCCCUGCCCGUGCCGGUACACCGGGAUCAUCCCCGUCACGCUGCAUCUUUCCCCCAGGUGUGCCAGCGCCAGCGGUGCUGGAGUCAAUACCGCAGCUGGUGGUGGGUGAGAGCCGAGAGCUGGCAUGCAACGUAUCCGACGUCGCGCCGAUCCAGAACCUGACGGUGAUCCUGUGGCGGGGCAGUGAGGUGCUGCACACCGAAACCUUCGAGCAGCACAGCCAAGAUGAGCCGGUGGCGGUGCGGGUGACCCACUUGCUGACGGCACAGCGCCGAGACAACGGGCAGAACAUCACCUGCCAGGCGCUGCUCAACCUGGCACCCUACGGCCCGCGCUUCAACACCACCUCGGAGCCGCAGACGCUGAACGUAUACGAAUUCCCUGAGGAUCUCAAGCUGGAGCCUGACAUCUACCUGGAGACCGGCGAGACGGUGAACGCCAGCUGCGCCGUUGAUCGCGCCUUCCCAGAGGCAGAGUUCAAGCUGGAGCUCGCCAACCGUACCCUGACGCUCUCCACCAGCCAGGAUGGGCACCAGGCCACCGCCGAGGUGUCCCACAGCCAGCCGGGGAACUUCAGGCUGGUUUGCACCGUGACGGUGGGAGGCGUAGAGCAGCGGAAGGAGGCGACCGUCCACGUCUACCGUUUCCCUUCGCCGCAGCUGAACGUCAGCACCGCCAGCCCAGCAGCCGGCACGGCGGUGACCGUGGGCUGCGCUUUGCCGCGCGACCACUCUGCCGAACUCCGGCUGCGGAUCCGUGCCGGCAGCCGUGUGUUGGCAGGGUGGGGACCGUCCCCGCUGCUCUUCAACCUGAUGACGCGGGAGGAAGACGAUGGGAUGGAGCUGAGCUGUGAUGCCAAGCUACCCGUCGGUGGCAAAGCCCCGAAGACGAGCACACCCAUCCGGCUCACCGUCACCGCUGGACCCCGGAUGGACGAUGGGAGCUGCCCCCCCAGCCAGAACUGGACGGAGGGGCAGGGUGAGACCCUGUGCUGCUCGGCACGGGGCAAGCCCUCGCCCAGCGUGGAGUGCACCAAGGAUGGCGAGCCCUUCCCCACCGGAACGCCGCAGCCGGUCACCCGUGCCCACGCCGGCAUCUACCAGUGCCGGGCCACCAACCCGCUGGGUACAGCCGUCCGGAACGUCACCGUCUGGGUGGACUACCACGACCCCGACGUGGUGCUCCUGGUGCUGGUGCCAGCGGUGGUGCUGGCCGCGCUGAUCGCCGGCGGGAUGGGCUACCGCAUUUACUACCACAAGAAGAAAAUCCGGGAGUACCGGCUGCAGGAGCGGCAGAAGCAGCUGGAGAUGGAGCAGCGGCGGACAGCGGCAUGCUCAGAGGAGACGGCCGCGCUCAACGGUUCGGCACAGGAGGCUCAACCGUUGGCAGCAGCACCGCAGUCCGCUGUGGUUAUGGUUGGGGAUGGGGAUGACCAAACGCCGGGAUGUUUCUGGUACCUCUGUGGCCACGGUUGUGCCGAGCAUGCGCCGCGGUACCCAAACCCCACUUCCUUUUUUCUGCCGCUAUUCGCUCACUCGCAUCCGGCAUCGUUGGUGGCGAUGAUGGUGGGGCUGGGACGGAGCCGGGGCGCUGCCGGGGCAGAGAGGAAGGAUGGAGAGCGGCCGUCACGGCAAGGGAUGGGCAACGAUGUGCCUCUGAGCCGCGUCCUCCCCCCAGCGCCCUGUGCCGGGGUGAUGGGCUCUGGCUUCCGCUCCCGUCCCCGCGGCUCCCCGCUCCGCGGCGCGGCAAAGCCCCGGCGCGGCCUCCCUGCCUGGUCCCUUGCCGGGCUGCUCCUGGCUUUGUGCGGACCACCCACCAACUCCUUCGAGGUGACGGUGGAGGGGACCUCCUCGGAGGUGGGCUACGGUGGGACGGUGCUGCUGAACUGCUCCAGCAGCUGCCCCGAGGCGGGGGCAGCCGGGGGGCUGGAGACCUCCCUCAGCAAGGAGUGGGUGGGCCAGGGGCCGGGCUGGCUCAGCAUCCGGCUCUACAACAUCACCGAGCCCCUCUCCGACGUUUUCUGCUACUUCUCCUGCUUUGGAGAAAGGAAGGUGGCGACUUUUAGGGUGCUGGCUUACGACUUCCCCCAGCCUCACCUGGUCAUCAGCAAACCCAACGCCUCCUGCAAUGAGCCGGUGGCCAUCGAGUGCUCCUCGGCGCCCAGCUGGCCCCCGGGGCUGAAGCUGCGGCUCCGCGGGGGCCGCUGGGCCCCGCAGCCCUGGACGGAGGGUCCCGUGGUCUGGGAGCUGACGGUCAGUGAAGACGACGAUGGGUCUGAGUUCAUCUGCGACGCGCGGCUCGGCGUGGGCAACGAGACCCUGCAGAAGAGCUCGGCCACGGCCACGCUGCACGUCACGUGUGGACCCCGGAUGGACGAUGGGAGCUGCCCCCCCAGCCAGAACUGGACGGAGGGGCAGGAUGAGACCCUGCGCUGCUCGGCACGGGGCAAGCCCUCACCCAGCGUGGAGUGCACCAAGGAUGGCGAGCCCUUCCCCACCGGAACGCCGCAGCCGGUCACCCGUGCCCACGCCGGCAUCUACCAGUGCCGGGCCACCAACCCGCUGGGUACAGCCGUCCGGAACGUCACCGUCUGGGUGGACUACCACGACCCCGACGUGGUGCUCCUGGUGCUGGUGCCAGCGGUGGUGCUGGCCGCCCUGAUCGCCGGCGGGAUGGGCUACCACAUUUACUACCACAAGAAGAAAAUCCGGGAGUACCGGCUGCAGGAGCGGCAGAAGCAGCUGGAGAUGGAGCAGCGGCGGACAGCGGGAUGCUCAGAGGAGACGGCCGCGCUCAACGGUUCGGCACAGGAGGCUCAACCGUAGCCGGGCAGAGGCGGCGGAGGGUCCGGCAGCCCCCUGCCCGUCCCACUCCCCUGCCCACGGGCAAGCGCCCCGGCAAGGGCUGAGCGCCGUGGCUGCCGGCUCCCUCCGAGUGAUGUGACGGUGACACUGGGGACAGGGUGGGAGCCGCGGCGGGAUGGUGGACGCUACGGUGAGAUGGUGCUGGCUGCCACUGUUGCCACAGGAACAUAACAUCAUGGAGAUUCUCCAUUUUUCUCUGAACUUUAUCCCUUGGGAGACCCGAAGCCAGUGACAGCGGGGCUGGGCAUCUUGGUGCCCCAUGGGGAGCAUCUGGGCUGAAUCCCAGGAUUUUGGUGCCGGGGCUGCAUUGCCACCAUUGCUGGCGGGAGGGCGAGGAGCUGGAAUGGAGCGAGUUGCAGCCACCGGAGAGGCUGGAAGGUGCUGUCACGACAUGGUGCACCAAUAAACACUGUUGGCAGCAGCGCCGCAGUCCGCUGUGGUUAUGGUUGGGGAUGGGGAUAACCAAACGCCGGGGAUGUUUCUGGUACCUCUGUGGCCACGGUUGUGCCGAGCAUGCGCCGCAGUACCCAAACCCCACUUCCUUUCUUCUGCCAUUAUUCGCUCACUCGCAUCCGGCAUCGUUGGUGGCGAUGAUGGUGGGGCUGGGACGGAGCCAGGGCGCUGCCGG